AUGCGUUACACUGUCAGGGUGUCAGAAUCAGCUGACUGCUCACCGCUUUUAAAACAUAAACAAACGAUCAAAAUCGUUUUGGAAGGUGGUGGCGAAUAUUUUUGCGAAAAAAUUGAUCCAGUUGAUGAACUCAAGAAGUCCAAACUGUACGGUUGGCAGUGCUUCGAGUGCGACAAGUUGGACGACUCCGACCACGAGAGCGUGGUCCCGCCGAAAGCCCCGCUCAAGUCCCGAACCCGGAACAGCUCGCUCGAAUUUGAAAAGUCCCCAGAGACUCCGGCGGAGAGUACCUCCGUCGUUUCCGUUGCGCCAACCUCCCAACCCAAACGACCCCGCAAGAGUGGAACCGGAGACAAUCCCAUGGAGGCAAACGGUAUCGAGACGAAAAAAAUGCUGCUGAAGAUCCCGAAAAUCGGCCAGGAACUGUCGGAGAAGCUUAGCGCGGAGGAAAUUUCGGUGGAGAUGUUGGCGCCGAAGGCGGCCGCGACGCAGGUUAACGAGGCCGAGGACAUAAAACCCAAGGUUGAAGUCAUCGAAAUCCCGAACUCUCCGGUGUCUUCCGAGCCGGAGCAGCCAAAGGAAGAACCCGCUCCGGAGAUCGUGGAACCUCCCGCCAAACCCAUGGAGGUCAAUUCGGAAAAUAAGCAGAUGGAGAAGCUGAAGGCUCCUGCGGAACCGGCUUCAUCGAUUCUUGAAACACUUGUUGCCGCGAGUUCCCAAGAAACGCUCACUUCGGCGGAAUCGGCAACCACGUUGACAACGACCUCUACUCCGGACGGCGUGGAAGUUCUACCUGCGGUGGAUGUCACCACAUCCGGCAAAUCUGGAACCGGCGACUUCUCUUCAUCCUCGUCGCACAAGCACAACAAAAGGAAAAAGAAGAAGCACCGCAAUCGAUCCCCGCAAGGAGCACAAGCGCAAACGGAAGCGGAAAAAUCGUUCCGGUAG